GCAACAUGGCAGCCCGCAGAGGUCUUCAGUGUUUUUCGCGAAAUAAAUCUGCUUUAUUUAACGUUGGAAGAACAACAAUCUGCAGUUCUUCAUUAUUGCGAUAUAGAUGUAUCCACACCUUACAGAAACAGAUUUCACAAUGUCCUAUUCUACAACCAAAAUGUGUAAUCCCCAAUAUAGCAAGAAGUAUGUUUGUACAGACAUUUGAAACUCCUAAUCCUAACAGUUUAAAGUAUGUACCUGGAGUCAAGGUUUUAGAAUCGGGAACAAUUGACUUCCCAAAUCCACAAUCUGCUGCAUGUUCACCAUUAGCCAGGCAGUUAUUUAGAAUAGAGGGUGUUAAGGGUGUUUUCUUUGGUACAGAAUUUAUAACCAUCACAAAGGUAGAUGAUGAUGUAGAAUGGGGUGUAAUAAAUCCUGAAAUAUUUGGUGUGAUUAUGGAUUUUUUUGCAAGUGGUGUACCAGUAUUAACAGAUGAACAACCUGCUGGCGAUACAGCCAUUCACCCUGAUGAUGAUGAAACAGUAUUAAUGAUAAAAGAAUUAUUGGAUACUAGAAUAAGACCUACAGUACAAGAAGAUGGUGGAGAUAUUGUCUAUAUGGGAUUUGAAGAUGGUAUAGUUAAAUUAAAAAUGCAAGGAUCCUGUACCAGUUGUCCCAGUUCUGUAGUCACAUUAAAGUCAGGUGUCCAGAAUAUGUUACAGUUUUAUAUACCAGAAGUUCUAUCAGUGGAACAGGUUGAAGAUGAAGCUGAAGAGGAAUCAAAAAAUCAGUUAAAAAAACUUGAGGAAAAAUUAGGUGAUCAGUAACUUUGAUAUCAGUUUUAUUAUGUUAAAUAGCAUGUUAUAAAAAAAAGACAAAGUAUCAAGGAAGUCAAAGCUGAUGUAUGGUGCAAUUGAUUGUGAACUUGAAUGAUCUGUUUUGAUUUAAUAUUGGAUUUCAAAUUAUGUGAAUUAAAUGUAGAUUGUUUUUGUUCAUAAAAUAUAUAAGGUACUGGUGUAAGUGAAUAUAAAAUAGAAUUUUACUAGUACUGUGAUUUUGCACUAAAAUAGAGUGAUCACUCUCUUUCUUGUGAAAUAUUAAUUUGAACAUUCUCCUCAGACAUAAUAUAAUGGAUUUGUACCAGUAUGUACAUUAAUUAAUUUGAAUUUAAAGCUGAAGGUAAGGGGAUAAGACCUGUUCUUAUUAACAAUAACAGUGUCGAUUCGAUUGAAUAUUAUAUGUUGAUCAGUUUGUUAUCCUGCAUUGAACAAAGUUAAACAUACAUUAUGCAAGAGCUAAAUCUGAUUAUUGCUAGUCUUUUUUUAGGCUUCAGAUGUCAAAGAAAUUAUAAAUUAGAUCUUUAUUUACACAACAAGCACAAAAUCAACUCUGUAGACCCACAGAUGGCUUGGAUUCGGCUUGGAUUUAAACAGGAUUACGUUGAUUGAUUAAAUUUUUAAAUGGCGUAAGUGGAGAUUAACCGUUACGUUGACGUCAUACUCCCGGAAAUAAUUUUAGAUCGAGGCUGAAUGAUAGAGCGUACGAAGGGAGGCCGCUGUUGAGCGAGGCCGCAUUUGUCGGUCAAUUUGAUUGAAAGUUCGAUAUAUACGGCCUUGAUAUUAUGUUUAUUUGUGGUUAAAAUGGGAGUUUGGAUGUCGGUAUUAUACGCUCUUUUGUCACUUGCGUUUACAGAAAAAUUAUGGAAAUUGAUAAACAUCGCAGCUAACAUCACCCCAGUUGAAUUGCAGCCCAUGCAGCCCCAUUGGAUCAAUGUUUCCUAUUUCAAUUUGUCUGCUUCGGGAGUACACGCAGGCUAACAAGAUUGAAUAAGUCGGCUAUAAUUAUGCCUCAUUGAUUUGGUCCAUUCCUUUAAAACUUCCGCUUCUUAUCUAUAUAAUAAAAGUCCUAUUUUUAAUUUGUAGUAAAAAUAAAUGUGAUACGAAUUGAAAACGUUACUUGAUAAUCGAGAUUAUGUAGGUGGAGUUAACGCCUGUCAAUCAAACGAUCGUCUAUUCUCGGAGAUGGUGAAGAGAGAAUUGACUCCCAUUUCUAGUCAAAAAUUACAAUAGUGAUAACUUUGUUUAGAAUAAAGUAAUUUGACUGAAAUUUUCAAUAUAUUCUUCUUUCAUCAUCUAUUUUUGAACUGUUAUAGCAAGAAUGGCCAACUCUCUAUUAAAAUCUCCCAUAAUGUAUCUUUAAGAGGAGGGAUAUUGAAAAGAGUUCCAUCUGUCGUCCCGCUCUAGUUUGCUUUCCAGAAACUCUAUACACACAUCAGUCCAUUUUGGUAGUUGUGCCCUUUGCCAAUUAGAAAAUUCUUGGGUUAGAAGUUGUGUUUUUAUCGAAUACAAUUUCUUUUCCGAGGCAUAUUUCAGAAACUGUUCAAGAUACCUGUAUAAAACUUUGUUCACAUAUUAACCUAUUAUAGUAGUUGUGCCUUUUGUUAAUUAGAAAUUUCUCAGUGUAAUACUUUUGUAUUUCUAUGAAAACAUGUUUGAAUUUUAUUUUUACGUACAAAUAUUAUUAUGGAGCAUAUCUCAGAAACCAUUUAAAAUACCUGCUGUAGUAGUUGUGCCUUUUACCUAUUGAAAAGUUUCCAUAAAAGUAUUUUAGCAGACAAUAAUUGAUGUUCCAGAUCAUAUGUACACGAACCUUUAACUUUAAUUCAAGUUAACUGUAUAAUGUAAUGUACCGGUAAUGCAAUAUAAGUUGCAAGUCAUCAUCUAAUAUAAAACUUAGGCUGUGACCUCAAUCUUUCUAUUACAUCAGAAUUAUUUUCUUAGGUUUUACAUUUUCGAAAAUAACCUCAGCCUUACUUUAUGCCUUACAUGGGUCUCAUUUAGGUGACUAUACAUCAAACAAUUUGCUUGUGUUUUGAAAAUGCACUGGACAUCUGUAGCCUGUGAAAUCUUGGGACAGUAAUCUUUUACGCUCAGCUAUUUUCUUAAGGCAAGGUUUGAUUCUAUCAUAAAAACCUUAAUUUAAUUUGAUCUUCUACUACCUCCAUUUUGAAUCUCCAAAAUGCUUGUACAUUUAAAGUUUACUUUAUAUAAAUAAAGCUUUUCUUUGAUAUUACUAAAGACGUAAAUUUAGUGUCUAUAUUCAAUUGGUAUAAUAACUCCAUACAAGACCUUUAUUCUACAGAAUAAGACGGUAUGAGGUUACUAUUCUGUGCCGACCAAUGUGUCUAAUUUAUGCUUUUUUAUGAAGCUUCAUAUCUGAGAUAAAGCUCUUCCCCACAUUUAUGCUUGGAUUGUUUAAUUUUGCAACAUAUCCUUGGAUUCAUGCUUUAUCCCUUUAUUCGGUUGUAGAUAGACAUUAUGAAAAGGGUAGCAAUAUCAGAAGUGAGGAUUGUUGCCAAUAGACAGAACUUUAAGAUAUAAUAAAGUGUUAUUCCCUCCCUUUAUUCCUUCUGGCCCUGGGUAACAGAAGAUUAUAUUGUUUAUUAUAAUUAUGUUUUAUUACCAUAAAAGAAAAGGAAGUAAGGAACUGUAAAUAUGUAUUGUGUACCGUAGAUGUAUAUAAUUAGAUUAAAAUAAUAUUUGACCAAUUA